UGUAGGACAGAGGAGAAGACUGUCAACAGAAGAAAAGGAUUUAGGAGACACCAACAGGAUCACAGAGAAAAGUGAUGAAACUUUUUUGAGUUUUCCUCAACAUCUUUUGGGAAUAUCAUUGCACACGACGGAUGCGGACAGCCAAGUAGAACUGAAAAGAAAACUCUGAGAAGAAAUGGCACAUCUACACUUGAGAUGCAUCUUGGCACUGGCCUUAGUGCACGUUGUUCUGUCCUCCGGUGUGUUUGAGCUGAAAAUCCAUUCAUUCCACACGGCACAACGCAUUUGCAGAAGACACAGGGACUGUCAUAUAUUUUUCAGAAUUUGCCUAAAACACCCGGAGGAUGUGAUCUCCGCAGAGCCGCCUUGCACCUUUGGCACCGGACACACCAACGUCAUCAGGGCAGAUCACACAUCGAUUUCUAGCAGCGCUCCCAUCAGAGUGCCUUUCCACUUCAAGUGGCCGGGGACAUUUUCACUGAUCAUUGAAGCCUGGAACGCUGAAUCUCCGACAGAAUACACAGAUAACCAAAACAACCUUGUGAGCCGUCUGGCGACCAGGAGGAGGCUUGCCAUCGGCGAGGACUGGUCCCAGGACGUGCACUUUGGCGAGCAGAGCGAGCUGCGCUACUCCUACCACGUCUUCUGUGACGAGUACUACUUUGGAGAUGGCUGCGCUGACUACUGCAGGCCGAGAGACGACACGCUGGGCCACUACACCUGCGACGAGGAAGGCAACCGCAUCUGUCUGGAGGGCUGGAAGGGAAACUACUGCUCUGAGCCCAUCUGCUCGGCAGACUGCAGUGAGAAGCACGGCUACUGCGAGGCCCCAGGGGGCUGUACAUGUCGCAUGGGCUGGCAGGGCCCCUCCUGCAAUGAAUGCGUCCGCUACCCAGGCUGCCUCCAUGGGACGUGCAGCCAGCCGUGGCAGUGUAACUGUCAGGAGGGCUGGGGGGGCCUCUUCUGCGACCAGGACCUCAACUACUGCACUAACCACAAGCCCUGCGCCAACGGAGCAACCUGCACAAACACUGGCCAGGGCAGCUACACCUGCACCUGCCGGCCCGGCUUCGGAGGCACCAACUGUGAGCUAGAAACCAAUGAGUGUGACAGCAACCCCUGCAAGAAUGGAGGCAGCUGUAAUGACCUGGAGAACGACUACUCGUGCACCUGCCCACAGGGAUUCUACGGUAAGAACUGCGAAAUCAUUGCCAUGACGUGUGCAGAUGGUCCCUGCUUCAACGGUGGCACCUGUGUGGAGACGAUGACCGGAGGCUACACCUGCCGCUGCCCUCCCAGCUACACCGGCUCCAACUGCGAGAAGAAACUGGACCGCUGCAGCAACAGGCCCUGUCUAAACGGUGGUGAGUGUCUGGACCUUGGCCAGAGCGUGUUGUGCCGCUGUCAGGCAGGCUUUACCGGUGCCAACUGCCAGGUCAACAUUGACGACUGCGCCUCGAGCCCCUGCCAGAAUGCUGGAACCUGCCAAGAUGGUGUGAAUGACUACACCUGCUCUUGCACCCUGGGAUACACCGGCAAGAAUUGCAGCGUGCGUUCAGAUGCCUGUGGCACCCGUCCUUGCCAGAAUGGUGGCACUUGCUUCACCCAUUUCACCGGGCCGGUAUGCCAGUGCCCUAAGGGCUUUAUGGGUCCGAGCUGUGAGUUCACGCUCCAGCCCAGUUUUAAGCCCGCUUUGCGCCAAACCUCCCAGCCCUCCUCUGCCACCCUCACUGUCUCCUGCGUUCUGGCCAUCCUGGUGCUGGUUCUGGUGGCGGGUAUUAUCUUCUUGAGGAGGAGGAGGAGACUGCAGGGAAGGAAGCAGCUGAGCGACAUUGCAGUCUACAAUGACUUGGAGACGGUCAACAACCUGGGAGGAAGCGAAAGAGAAGCCUUCCUCGGUCCUAAUGGCCUAUUCAAGAUCAGCAACAGCACAGCUCGCCUCAGCCUCUCCCUCUGCCCUGACGAAAGAUCUGGGUACAGGCACCAUCCUGUGGAGAGCAGCCUGGCCAGAGGCGGGCAUCAGGACUUUAUGUGGAGGGAUGAGGCCGGACUGGGCUCUGGGGCCGGGCUGAGAUGAAACAGAGAUGAAAACAUGGACAUUCACACAGGGAUAGAAGAAUUUUAGCACUUGUUGCUCCUCUCUGUUCAUGGACAGUGAAGAGAGGAACACAUCCAUGAGCUGACAACCGCUCAGCUUAUGAUGAAAAAAAACAUACCAUUAAAAUGUAAGCAAGAAACAAAAUAUUGAUAAAUGAACUAUUCUGAUCAAGAUGAUUUACAAAGAUUAUUGAAAAAGUAUAUGGGGCAAAGCUCUUCCAUGUUUAAGACCCAAAGAAACAAAUGAUUCACUUUUCAUAGGACCUACAACACAAACCAAAUACAGGAAGUCACAAUACUCUUUGGAAAACCUGCCCCAAAAAUAUAUUUUCUUGGGUUUUUGUUUUUAAUUUUUUAAUCUUUGUUUAAUUGUUUCUCAUUUGAUUUUUUAAACACAGAUUUUUUUUUGCUUUUUCAAUCUUCCUUUUGCCAUUAUUUCCUUAUUGUGCGUACCAUCAUUUUUAUUCUUUAUAUUAUUUAUUUAUUUGAAAACUUAUGUUUAUGGCUUCACUUUGAUUGUCACAGAUGUAGAGAUAUAUUUAUAUGAUACUGAAUGGAGACUGACGCUUGUUGUUGUAGCAGGAUGUUUUACGGGCUGAGAAGGUUGUGUAAAAAUAUCCCAAAGAUAUUCAUUGCAGGGAUAUAAAGAAAAUGUGCUUUAUCACAUAAAGUCAGCCAUUACUGUAAUUUAUAUAUAUAGUUUAUAUACUACUGAUCACGUUGCUCUUUUGUGUGCCAUUUUGUUUCAUGCCAAAGUUUGUUAUGUUAAAUGCUUUCAUUUAUAUUAUUUAAUUUCACCAUGUUGUGGUUGUGAUGUGGAAUAAAAGAUUUGUUUUGA